CAGUUCUCUCUCUCUCUCUCUCUUCAGCCUCCAGAAAUGACCAACGACGCAAACGGCCAGAGCCCCCUCGACGUCGCCCAAUUGGGAGCUUCCACGUCAUUCCCCUCCGGUGACGCUCCCUCUCUCCGGUUACUCUAAAUAAACAAAAAACAAAACAAAAUUAAAUUAAUUUAAAAUAAAAUAAAAUAAAAAGCCAGGCUGCCUUUGAGAGCUAGCUAUAUUAUUUUCAGUUUCAGAUCAUCAUUUCCACGAUACGAUGUCGUUUCUAAGGCAGAGGAAGGGCAAAUUUCCCAAUCCAGAGCACCAGAACGGCGAUGGCGACGACGACGAGACGACGAAGAAGGAGAGAGAAAGUAGAGAGAGAAAGCAGAGAGAACAAGAAGAAGAAACGAGGAGGAGAAUCAGGAAGCGGUGGUCGUGCGUGGACGGUUGUUGCUGGUUCAUCGGCUGCAUAUGCUCGACGUGGUGGUUCCUGCUCUUCCUCUACAACGCAAUGCCCGCCUCGUUCCCUCAGUACGUGACGGAGGCGAUCACCGGUCCCUUGCCGGACCCGCCGGGAGUGAAGCUGAGAAAGGAGGGGCUAGUCGCCAAGCACCCGGUCGUCUUCGUUCCCGGAAUUGUCACCGGCGGCCUCGAGCUCUGGGAGGGCCACCAGUGCGCCGAUGGACUGUUCAGAAAGAGGCUUUGGGGCGGUACGUUUGGGGAAUUGUACAAGAGACCAUUAUGCUGGGUUGAGCAUAUGUCCCUGGAUAAUGAAACUGGAAUGGACCGUUCAGGUAUAAGGGUCAGACCUGUAUCUGGCCUUGUUGCAGCUGAUUACUUUGCACCCGGUUAUUUUGUUUGGGCAGUUUUAAUUGCUAAUUUGGCUCGCAUUGGAUAUGAAGAGAAAACCAUGUAUAUGGCUGCAUAUGAUUGGAGAUUAUCAUUUCAAAACACUGAGGUUAGGGACCAAACUUUGAGCAGGAUAAAAAGCAAUAUAGAACUAAUGGUAGCUACAAAUGAUGGAAAAAAAGUGGUGGUGAUUCCGCAUUCAAUGGGUGUGCUGUACUUCCUGCAUUUCAUGAAGUGGGUUGAGGCACCGGCACCAAUGGGGGGUGGGGGUGGAUCAGAUUGGUGUGCUAAGCAUAUUAAAGCUGUUAUGAACAUUGGUGGACCCUUCUUAGGUGUUCCGAAAGCAGUCUCAGGACUUUUCUCUAUUGAAGGAAAGGAUAUUGCCGUCGCCAGGGCCUUUGCACCCGGUGUCUUGGAUAAGGAUGUGUUUGGUCUUCAGACUUUACAACAUAUGAUGCGGAUGACACGUACAUGGGAUUCCACCAUGUCAAUGAUGCCAAAAGGAGGUGAUACCAUCUGGGGUGGCCUUGACUGGUCACCUGAUAAUUGUAGUACCAAGAAGAAGAACAACGGCACCUCUGCUUCGGGCCAAAAGGGGACAAGGAAUAAUGGGUCUGCUAAGGGAGUAAAUUAUGGGAAGAUGGUAUCAUUUGGGAAAGAUGUAGCCGCACUACAUUCUUCCGAGAUUGAAAGAAUCGAUUUUAGGGGUGCUGUUAAGGGUAAUAGUCUUGCAAACACAAGCAACUGCGAUGUGUGGACGGAGUACCAUGAAAUGGGUGUUGGAGGCGUCAAAGCUGUUGCAGAUUACAAAGCUUACACGGCUGGAGAGAUCUUGGAUCUGCUUCAAUUCGUUGCCCCAAAGUUGAUGGCGCGUGGAGGAGCUCAUUUUUCAUAUGGAAUUGCUGACAAUUUAGACGACCCGAAAUAUCAACACUAUAAAUACUGGUCAAACCCUUUGGAAACAAAAUUACCAAAUGCUCCGGACAUGGAGAUCUAUUCUAUGUAUGGAGUUGGCAUCCCCACUGAAAGAGCAUAUGUAUACAAGCUAACAACUCCUGCCACAGAAUGCUACAUUCCCUUUCAAAUAGAUACCUCGGCAGAGGGAGGAAGCGAGGAUACUUGUUUAAAAGGUGGAGUUAUCUUGGCUGAUGGGGAUGAAACUGUUCCCGUCCUGAGUUCAGGUUUCAUGUGUGCAAAAGCUUGGCGUGGAAAAACUCGAUUCAAUCCUUCGGGCAUCCGUACUUACGUAAGGGAGUACGAUCAUGCUCCACCAGCUACUCUCUUAGAAGGUCGGGGCACACAGAGUGGCGCUCAUGUUGAUAUUAUGGGGAACUUUGCUCUUAUUGAGGAUGUCAUAAGAGUAGCAGCCGGUGCUACUGGGGAGGAGCUGGGUGGCGAUCAAGUAUACUCUGAUAUAUUUGAAUGGUCCGAGAGGAUUGAUUUACAAUUCUGAUUUGUACAUGUCAUGGAUGAAAUUAUACUUACAGCAAUCGGAGGUUCAAUAUCAAGAUACGCGUGAUGAAUUAUUAUUCACUGCCUGAUAUAAAUGGUUGUUGUGGUGAUUAGAGCUGAGGGGCUCGCAUUUGCUCAAGCAUACAAGCCUAAGAAAUGAGAAGAGGUUGCAGAAACAAGUUGAUCAAAACUAAUGUUUGUCACCCACAUUGCAAUGCAGUCUUCAUUUGGUUUGGGAAGCACUAAAGUCCUGAAAUUUUGUUUGUCUGCCCCCCAACAGCCCAACCUUUUUACAUUUCAUAGCUAUUCGGAAUUCUUAUAUUCAAUUAAUUCAUUUUCAUUACUAAUUA